AUGAGUUCAAUCUUUCUUCGCUUCAGAGUUCAGAGUACCCAUCUUCAUCAAACCCGAAAUCGCAUUGGGCAGAACCUCUUUCGAGUGACGAAUAUGGGUUGGUCUCACCCAGACAUAUCCCUUGAAGAUCUGUUGAAGCUGAUCAAAGGGUUUGUAGAUAUCUUGAUUCUGGCUUCUGGGUAUCAGUCAUCUGGUCAUCUUGCACAUUGGGAUGCGCUAAACAUCAAGAAAGCCUUAGAAUGGGGUCUCUUCUUUGAGAAUGUGUUUAAGCGCUUGGGCUGCUCAGGUGAUUACCAAGACUCAAUAGAGGAGGUUGAUGCAGCUUUAUGUAAAAUGACAUCAAAUCCGUACUUCCCUCAGGGUCUUGCACAUCUAUCAUCUGCCACUCUUGGUAGAGCACGAAAUUUCAUAUCAGAACAUCUGAUCUGUACGUUACCCCUGAGAGAGACACAUCUUAGAGCUUUUUUGAAAUCUACUAUUGAGUUGGAUCUUGAUCAGCUUAGUAGGACAGAAAGCGAUUGUCUUCAUGUAUAUCUUCAGAAGAUGAAGCAGAAUACCUUACUAAACCCAAGUUUAGCUUGGAGGUGCUACAUGGAGGACACAACAACUUCAUCUUCAGACAUUUCCAACAGAAGGAAAGCUGAGAAUUGCAUUGAUGGUGAUUGUACAGUGUUUACUAUACAAGAACUCAUGAGGCGACAGGUAGCAGUAUCUUGCAUAACCUCAGCAGAGACAUGCUUGGAUACUCUCUCUAAGAUCAUAAUACAAAGCAACUGGACUGAGCCUUGCGACAGCUUAUUUAGAGAACAUCUAAAGCAUGCCACAGCUCCAAUGACCGAGGAGCAGUUGUUUGAGUCUGUCAUGUGGAACCAUUGGAGAACAAAGAACCUCUCAUAUUUGCUUGACAAGAGAACUAUUAGACUGGUCUCAGGUGCAAGAAUGAUAUUUUCUGCCCCUAAGAUACAAUGGGUACAAGUGUUUGAACGGUUAGACGUUUCAGCAGGAGCUAGUGACGACAAUUUGAGUGAAACAAUGGAACUUUUGUUACUAGGAUGUGCUGCAAGCAAGUGGAGUUCUCUCAUUGAACAUUUCAUGUUAGUUUCUUUUAAUUCCCUCACCAUCUCAACCCAAUACCACGAUGUCCGCAACGUCCUCCAAGGGAGAUUUCAAGAUCUUCAUUCUACAGAGGAAAUUCUUAACUCAAAGUAUAGGAGGGAAAAGAAAAGAAAGGACUUUGAAGAGAGUAGAAAAAAAGGAGAGAAUAUGGUUAUCAUUCCUCCUGCUGUUUGGGAGUUUUUUGAGACAAAUGAUGGGAUCGUGCACCCAUGUUACCGGCAGACAGGUAGGAAGAAGGAGAAAGAAUGGAAGGAGGUUAGAACAUAUAAAUCUAGGUGGUUAUGGGAGGAAAAAGAUAUUCUUGAGUGUCUGGAGGGGCUGUUAGGCAGUCAAAUUCAUCAGUUGUGGAACCUACCCUCUGCACUUGCAGCAAUUGCAAUUCCUUCAUGGUACACAAUUCAUUUUAUGGUGACUUUGUUUCUACGUUAUCCCGGUGAUCAUGGUGAUGUUUCUGUGUGGCACAAUAUGCUGCUUCACUUUCCAUUGGUUUUGAACAAGUUUAACUUAAAGUCAAAGUUGUUUAGAUUGUAUCUGAGUGAAAUAGAGAGUAAAUUCCGAGGAGAUUCUUCAACAGUUAGGUCAAAGUUGUUUAGAUUGUAUCUGAGUGAAAUAGAGAGUAAAUUCCGAGGAGAUUCUUCAACAGUUAGAUGCUGCAGUUGUAUUGAAGAUGGGAAGGAGCACAGAGACUGUGAGGUUGCUGAAAGGAUUUGGUGCCUCCACAUCUUUCAUGGCUGUGGCUCCCAGAUAUCAUGUGGAGCUAAAUGCGCUUGA